UCUUGAGAGCUUUAAAUUAUCCAACUGCAACAGAUUCUCCUCCCCUACAAACUCCAAAUGAGAUAUAUUAGUUCCUAGAAAUCCCCUUCGCACACAACAAACGCACAACACAUUUCAUCGGCCAUCAUGGCCUCCCACCCACCUAAGCGCAAACCUGCUGCUCCCAACAACAACUUCUCCGCCGCCGCCGCCGCCGCCCGCAAACGCCAAAAAACAUUCGAUGCGCGCUCGCUCGCCGUGCAGGCCGCCGACGCGGCAUUGUCAGCCUCCGGCGAACUAGAUGUCGCUGCGUACGUGGAAGCAAGAGAAUACGAAAUUCGGUCGCUGGAGUCGGGGAUCCAGCGAUCGAAGAAUGCGUUGACGAGUCGGGCGUUUCAGAAGGUGCCGAGGUCGUUGAGGAGACGGACGGCGAGUCAUAAUGUGAAGAGGGUGCCGAAGAGGUUGAGGGCUAGGGCAAGGAGAGAGAUGAUAGAAGACAACACCCCCACCGUAUCAUCACGAACCCGCAAACCGACCGAACAAAUGCGCAUUCGGCUUGAAACUGCCCGGCGACUACAGAACCUGAACGCGAAGACGAAAGCCAAGCGCGCGGCCGUGAAAGCUCAGCGAGAUAAAGAGGUUCGGAAGUCGUUGGAAGAAUCCGGUAGUCAUGCGUAUGAGAUUGCGCCGCGGGUGCCGAAAAUUAAGAAGAAUAAAUUGUCGAGGCCGAAUCCGCCGGAAGCGAGGUUCAAGAAACGUCAGCAGUGCAAGACUUGGUUGCCGACCCAUAUGUUUCAUGCGAAGAGAGCGCAUAUGGCUACUUCUAAGGAUCCGUUGUGGAGGUUCGCGGUGCCGUUGUCGCCGACGGAGAAGAGUUAUCGGCCGACGCAUCGUGCCAGGGGGUCCAGGGGUGCUGUGGCGUGGGAUAUGAGUUAUUUGGCGACGGUGCAGUUGGAGGGGUCGGUGGGGGCGCUUGAGGGGGUGUUGAGGGCUGUUGGGGUUGAGGGGGAGAAGGCGUGGGGUGUGAAGGGGAGGAAGUGGAGGGCUGGCACGAGGGGAUUGCGGGCUUGGGUGUAUGAGUGGGAGGAGGAGAAGAGGCCCAUUGCGCCGGUUACGUUGGUUUGGUGUGCUGAGGUGAAGGGGGAGGAUGUGGAGAUGGUGGAUGCUGAUGAGAGUGGGAAGCAGAAGAAGGGGAAGAAGGGUUGGAGGAAGGUGUUUGUUCGGGUGCAUCCGUCUGCGUUUUUGCAGUUGUGGAAUGCCCUGCUGGGUGUUUCGAAGAAGCAGAAUCCUCCUGUUAUGGUCGAGGACUUGCGGUUUGAGAUUGGCAGUAUCGAGAUUACUGGUCCGGGGGCUACGGAGGCGUUGCUUGCGUCGUUCAAGCCGGUUGCUGUGGAUGGGAAGGAUGUCGCUGCGGACAGUCCGGAGGCUACAUGGACUUCUCUCGUGGGGGUAACGAACCCUGCAUCUCUGCCGCAGGAUGCCAUCCUUGGGUUCUCGGUCUCCGACCCUCGCCUCGAUUUCCCGCCCAAGGCUUUGAAGCCAUCGUCGUCAGAGGAAGAGAUGCAACGGCUGGCUAUAUUACUCUCGUCGUGGACCCCGGAUAACACGCAGACGGCCCCUGCUCUCUUCGAUCGUCGCGCCCGGUUAGCUGCUGCACGCCAGUUGCCUAGCCAAAAGGCUAUCAAUCGGCGUCGAACCGAAGCUGGUCCUGGCGUACGCCCGCCCGCCAAAGACACUGACCCCAAGAUACCUGUGAUGGUACUGGCCAGUCGACCUACCCAUUCCAAGAGCAGCAGCGCACCUGGAACCUGGACUGUCCUCCUCCCAUGGAAGUGCGUGCUUCCGUUCUGGUACUCGCUGAUGUACUAUCCCCUCUCGAGCGGCGGCAACCCCAGAUUCGGGGGUCUGAAAGAGCAGCAGCAACUCUCAUUCGAAUCAGGAGAGCCUUGGUUCCCUGGUGACUUCCCAGGAACCCGCGCCGGAUGGGAAUGGGGCCUGCGCGAGACAGAAGAAGCGAAGCGAGAGUGGGAGCGACGUCCCAAGGGGCGCAGAACCGAGUUCGAGAGCAUCGAUCUGAGAAACGGACAGAAGGGUGAAAUAGGACGUGGUUGGGCCUGCGACUGGGAAAGACUCAUUCAAGGAGCACCGGAGGCGAGCAAUACAACCGACAAGGAACAGCCCUCAGAGACUGAAACCAAAUCGGAUGACACCACCAACUCUCAAGACAACAACACCAGUACCACACUUCCACCACUGAACAUCCACCAACUCUCAACAACUGAAGCAACCCGCGCCCUUACUGACCCCUCCACCACCAUCAACACGUCUGCUCUAGCAACCGUCAAACUCACCCUCCUCAACCGCGGCACACCCACCCCCCGAGCCCGCAUCUACCGACUCCCAACCACUGAUCGCGAGCUCCGCCAGGAGUGGCUCACGCUAUCAUCAAAGCAACCGUACGAUGGUCUCAGGGAUGAACUUCAGAAGAAACAAUCCCGAUCUACCGCCAACCUCGGCCCUGAAGAUGUCCAGCAACAGCUUGCUGCGUCGCUUAUCACUCCGUCUGCGGGUGACGAUGUUCGUCAGAAGCAUUUGCCGGUUCCGACGGAGGAGGAUCUUAUUGGCUUUGUUACCACGGGCAAUUAUAACCUUGCUGAGGGAAAGGGUACGGGGAUUGGGUCUGUCUUGUUGUCGAAGGUGCAGAAGGGGAAGGCGAGUGGGAGGAAUAUGUGUAUUAUAAGGAGUGCGGGGGAGACGGUGGCGAGGGUCGGGUUUUGGGAGUUGGUUUGAUGUGUAUGUGUGUAUGUGUAUGGAUGGAUCGUGUGGCUUUGUUGCGUGAUACCCUGUGUGUCUUUAUGAUUGUUUGGGGAGGAGGGGGUUAGAACUGAGGAUAGGAUUAUGAUAGAGAUGAAUAUGCAAGAUCUGCCCAUUUAGUUGGGACAAUCCAAC